AGUACGUGCCAGAGCUGGGGCAGCCCAGGCCAGUCCAUGGGACCCUCCAUGUCCCCGAGAGCCCGGGCACAGCAUCACGGAGCAGAGAGGGCUGGUGCCAAUCCUGAGCAUCCCCUGGGCACAGCACCCCAGCCCCGCGGGGGAGAGGGUGGCCCCAGGCAAGACCGCGGGGCAGGAGCUGCGGCAGCACGGUCCAAUGCGGCCCACGCACGCGAGUUCUGCCGAGGCCAGGGAGGCGAUGCCAGGGCUGGGGGGGGCCUUUUGGGGGCCGAGUGCUGUGGCUUGGUAUCCUGAGAGUUUGGGGAGGCCAAGGCACAAGGGCAGUUCUGCAUAUGGGCGGGGGGGGAGCCGCUGCCCGCUGCACCAACCUGCGCCCUGGGCAGCUGCUGGCCCUGGGGCAGGGGCAGCGUUUGUCUUUGAGGCCCCCCCCCGGGCAGAGCUGAGCCCUUCCCUCCCCUCCAGGCGCCCCUGCGGCUGCUCUGUCUCUUUAAAAGGACUCCAGGCGUGGCUGCGGGACCGUCAUCCCAUCCCAGCUGGACAAGGGACCGGACAGUCCCGGACAGCCCUGGACAGCCGGCACCAGCCGCGCUGGCACACCGUGGACCGCAGCCUCCGCAGCACGGCCAUGGGCGAGUGGGGCUUCCUGAGCUCGCUGCUGGACGCGGUGCAGGAGCACUCGCCCAUGGUGGGGCGGUUCUGGCUGGUGGUGAUGCUCCUCUUCCGCAUCCUGGUCCUGGCCACCGUGGGCAGCGACGUCUUCGAGGAUGAGCAGGAGGAGUUCGUCUGCAACACGCAGCAGCCAGGCUGCAAACCGGUGUGCUACGACGCCGCCUUCCCCAUCUCCCACUACCGCUUCCUCGUCUUCCACAUCGUCGUGCUCUCGGCCCCCGCCGCUCUCUUCGUCAUCUUCGCCGUGCACCAGGCGGCCAACCGGGGCGCGGGGGGGGCCGCCGGCCAGCGCGCCCGUCGCCUCCAGCCCUUCUACGUGGGCAGCGUGGUGGCACGCAUCGCGGCCGAGCUGGGUUUCCUGCUGGGGCAGGCGCUGCUCUACGGCUUCAGGGUGCAGCCGCUCUUCGUCUGCCGCCGCCGGCCCUGCCCGCACCGCGUCGACUGCUUCGUCUCCCGCCCCACCGAGAAAACCGUCUUCAUCCACUUCUACUUUGUGGUGGGGCUGAUCUCGGCGCUGCUCAGCCUGGCCGAGCUCGCCCACCUCCUGCGCAAGGGCCCCCCGCCCCGGGCUGGGUGCUGCCACCGGCCGCAGGAGCGGGGACCGGCCCCCGGGCAGCCGGCGGGGGCCGCGGAGGAGCCGUGCUGCCCCCCUGGACCCCCACCGCGGGGGGACCUGACUGUGUAGCCGGCCCCGGGGCCACCAUCGCUGGCACGAGCUGUGGCUGUGCUCAGCCCGGCCGGUGCCCAGCGGGCGGCUGCGGCUCUCCCGGCCCCAGCCCUCGCCGUGCCGGGGAAGCAGGGCUGUGCC